GAGAGUCAAUACAGUUAUCAUUGGCUCAUCAAAAACUUCUCUCUCUCCCAUAUUUCUCUUUCUCUUCUAUAUUCCCUCAGAAUAUCCUGAAAAUCAUCCACGCAAAACAUUUCCUAGAUUUUCGUCCCAGAUUAUAGUUUUACAAGAUUCAUUUUCUUUAGUGUCAAAAACCCAUAAAAUUCUGGGAUAAGUCAUAGAAUAAAGAAGAUGAGCAACUAUAAUAGUGAUUCCACACCUGAUGAAGAAUAUAACUAUAACAACAACAACAUUAAUGGGGAAAAUGUAUCUUAUGCUAGUACAAAUAGCGAGUUACUACCCUCUACAUCUGCUGAUACUUCGUCUGAGAUUCAACGCCCCAAAUCUCUUACGAGAGAAGAAAUAGAGGAUGUUAAAAAAGGUGAACCAAUAAUUGGUUUGAAGCUGACUAUUACACCAUCGUUUCUGGAUUUGUGUAAUAAAAUUGCCUCUGAAACAGAUGAUAGCUUUGUUUCAGUGGAUAGACUGAAACCGGCUACUUUCUCUGCUUUAUCUAUCACAAUUGGCUCUUGGACGAAAAUCGCCAGGCAUACCGGAGCAUUGAUAGCCAAGUGUUACUUCAAAAAAAGAAGGCAAUUAGCUUGGGAAGUUUUGAACGUCAGCCUGAAUAACAAGAUUGAGUUUUCGUGGUCUAAUAUUGCAGCCAUUAAAGCUACUUUUCACCCGAAUGAAGGAGUUCUUGAUAUCAUGUUGGAAAAGCCACCGUUAUUCUUCCAGGAAGCUACCCCUGAGCCUGGAAAACCUAUUAAAUGGGAACAAUGUGGAGAUUUCACAGAACAGCAACAAGCUUCCAUAAUAAGGUAUAUAUCAAUUCGGACUAGUGUACUACUACCUCGGUUUCUUUGA